AUGCGCUCAACCUCCUUCAUCACAGCCUUCGCCCUCAUGGCCGCUAUUGCUAUCGCAUCCCCAACACCACAACGUGAAUCCAACCCCGCACCCGGCAGCCCGGUCGACCCAGGCGUCAGAGUCCCCAAGGGCACUUUCUGCACCGCAUCAAACGAUCCGGAUGUUAUCGGUUGCAACACGGGUGAUGGCGGGACUUUUAAUGUUAUCAAUGGGAAGAUUAGUGGGUGUGCUGGAUGUACGCCUGAGAAUGGGUUUGGGAGAUAA